GAAUUUGGGUACGCACGCAAUCACCAUGAACAGAAUCGGCAUUCGUCGGACGCCAGACUGACUAAAAGCACGCAACUGCCCUCAUCCUUGGUCGCUUGUUCAUUCUGCUCUCUUCCCUCAAUUUGUUGAAUUCAAGUCCUCUCAAACCACAUCAAAAUGGCGACCAACAUCACAUGGCACCCUUCCCUUUCUCGUGAGGAGCGCAACACAUUCCGCAAGCAGCCCGGCUUCACCAUCUGGUUUACCGGUCUCUCUGCGUCUGGAAAGUCGACUAUCGCAACUGCGCUCGAGCAGCACCUGUUGCACUUGGGCUUUGCUGCCUACCGUCUCGAUGGCGACAACGUGCGCUUUGGAUUGAACAAAGACCUUGGGUUUAGCGAGAAGGACAGGAAUGAGAACAUCAGGCGUAUUGCUGAGGUCGCAAAGCUCUUUGCCGACUCCUCCACAAUCGCCAUCACAUCCUUCAUCUCGCCCUUCGCCGCGGACCGCGCCACCGCGCGUGCCCUGCACGCCGAAGUCAAGGGCAACGACGCUCCGCUCGAGUUCAUCGAGGUCUUCGUCGACCUGCCACUCGAGGUCGCCGAGGCCCGCGACCCCAAGGGUCUCUACAAGCUUGCCCGCGCGGGCAAGAUUCCUGAGUUCACUGGCAUCAGCAGCCCGUAUGAGGCGCCCGAGAACCCGGAGAUCUACAUUAGGAGCGAUCAGAAGAGCGUCGAGGAAGCUGUAGCUGAGAUUGUGGCGUAUCUUGAGAAGAAGGGGUUGUUGAAGCUUAAGCAGUAGAGGCUCGUCUUGAGAUCGUGGUUGGCAGUAUAUGGUCUUCUGGCUACAAAACGUCUGUUGGAUGAAGCAAAUGUCGAUUGAUGAAGUGCUGGGCGAACAAACCCCCUGAGCACAAAGGAGGUUUGAUGUAUCUAUUGACGCCGGUGAUUCCUGUGCUUCGAGAGCAAGUUGCCUCUGGGAUUAGGAUUUUGCUUGCUGUGAGUUUCUCGUGUUGUCACAAAACUGAUCACAGCCGCGCAGGUGAGUGUCUACCCAGAACAUGCAUCCAAUUUCGUAGGUCAUGGGAGACAGUAUUAAGCUCUUCUCGUACAUGAGGAUUCCGAGGUUGCUUCCAAACUGUCUAGCG